AUGAGCUCCGAAGAAGCAGCGAUUGAAGAAAACGUGAUGUAAGUUUUGUGCAUCACCUAGUUUUGUAGCAGCCCAUUCGCAAAGUCGCUGGAGUAAUUUUUGGCGUUUGUGCAAGGUCAGGGGACUAGCGACGGCCCGAAAAAAGCGCAUGGUGCAAAUAGGAAAAAACUGCACAGUGCAAUGUGCACUUUUAUAAUACAUAUUAAUAGUUGAACAGUACAACGAAACUUCCGUUUUUGCACAGCGCAUGUCACCAAAAUCACUUCAGCGACUGUGUGAACGCACCAGCAACGGUAAAAUGCAUUAAUAUCAGUCUGUCGGGAAAAUAACGGCGGGCCGUCGCGUCUCGGAGUCGCUCAUCAUCGCUUUACGAGGGAAAGCCACAGCUGGAGAUUCGGUGCGCGAUAGCGGCGAGGCAAGGCAUUUUGCUUCGACGACCCGUCGUUAUUUUCCCGACAGUCUGAUCAAAUGUCAGUCUGUCGGGAAAAUAACGGCGGAUCGUCGCAGCAAAAUGUCUCGCCUCGCCGCUAUCCCGCACCAAAUCCCAAGCCGCGGCUUGCAGUCGCAAAGCGAUGACGGGCGAUUCGGAGGCGCGACGAUCCGCCGUUUUUUUCCCGACAGACCGAUAUUUUCCCGACAGACUGAUAGUAUGCUUCUAAUUUUAAGCGAUACACAGCCGGAACCUACUAAAGCUGCGUCGGAAAAGCCGGAUGGACCAUCACAACCGAAAAGCUCGUCAUUAACGGUGCCGAAAGAUGCCGACAGAAAGUGGUCGACAGCAAGUCGAGUUGCACAAGAAAACCAAGUAACUUGUUGUGAAUCAUGCCUUUGCUGCGUUGAAUGUACGAGAUCUUGUGGCCCUUUCGUGGCUUGUUGGUUGGCUUUUUGUCCUGUGUGA